AUGUACGUAGUAGCAAACACUAUUAGUAGGAAUAUGGCUGAAGCAGCUGAUCUGCGGUGGUCGGAUAUUGAUAAUUUAAGGAACAUAGCACCGAAUAGUACAAUUAGCAAUAUGGAUGAAGUGGAAGAAAUUAGUGAUAGCGUUAGUAAUAAUGACAAUUAUAGAAAUAUACAUAUUAACAAUAAUGGAGAAGGUGUUAUGGGGUUCCUUAGUGUUAGGGAUGACUUAGAUGUAAUAGAAAGUAUUUUUAAUGAGGUAGAAGAUAGGUGCGUAGUUAGGUUGAUUUUUGAUGAAGAGAAAUGA